ACUUAACGAUGUGCAGCAAUUGCUAUACAAGAAUUGUUGGAGGGGGCUAAAACACGCAAUUUUCCUUCCGCCCAAAAGUAAACGAACAUUCGUUUUCAUUUUGACAAGAAACAGUGUAUUAAUGAAAGUUAACUAACAUUAAAAGGCCAAACAUCUCCAAUUUGUUCUCUCUUUCUUCAAUCUCUCAAUUCUCAAGUCCUCCCUCCCUUUUGGCUUAUUCCCUUUUCCAUUCACAACCUACAAUCCAAUUAAUUUAUUCUCUUUUGCCACUCUAUCUGAAGUUCUGAACCAAAGCCUAGAUAAACAAAACAAACACAUUCUGCAAAUCUUAUACAGAUACAACAAUCAUACAAAACCCAUCUGGUUAUGUAUAAUUACAGUACAAACAGUCACUCAAAUCACCAAAACCGAUGCCAAAAUUAAUUGGAAAAUGAUUGGUAAUUAACAAAGCCAAAAAACAAAAGGUCCAUUUUUGCAUGUACCAAGAGAAAAGCCAGAAACUUUUGCUUUUUAAUGCUCCCCAAAAAGAACUCUUGUAGUAUUUGAUUUACAUCAUCUUUUCUGAAAAAUCGUGCAGCCCUUUUGCUCCCUUCUUGCUCUUUUGCUUUUUUACUCAGACCUCCACAGUACAGAAAUAUCGAUCAAGAUUCUUCUUUUUUUUUUGUUUUUUUUCUUCCCUUUUCUCUAUGAAGAGGUGGUUUUUCGUCACUGUGUGGAAAUGAGACAAUAAUGUCUUUCUGGGCAGCUGAAUUUAGUUCUGGGAAUGUUGUAAUUUACUUUUUGUAGUUUGAUUCCGUGGGUUUGAGAAACAAUUAAUGGCUCACACUUACAGUAGUAGCGUCGGCAACAGUACUAGUAGUGUUGCUGUGAUAGGUAGUACUGGUGGUGAUGAAGGGAAAGCUGCUUCUACGGUUUUUCAUGAUUUUCUUGGUAAAGGGUCAGCUCCAGAUUCGUCUCCGGUAGUUGGACCACCGGCCGGCAAAGUUCGGCCACUAUCUGAGGCAUCCGCCUCUGCUUCUGUCUCUCUCGGUGCUUCUUCUGGUGGUGGCCGUGGUCCUGUCUCUACCACUUCUGAUCUGGGUUCCGAACGACAAGCUGGAAAUCAUUUGGAAGGGGUUCCAUUCUAUGGACCCAGAAGUGAUUUUAUUUCGCAUGAUGCAAGUAAUAGAUUUUCUGGAACUAAGAGAAGCAACUCAGACUCGUACCUGAGAACGCCAAAUGAUACAUUUCCUUCAGUGCGGCAUGAGUCUCUUGAUAGCUCACAGUUAAUGAAGCUUCUGCGACAUAGUGGGAGAGAAAGACCAAGGCGACCACAUGACGAGGAUUCAUCCUAUUCUAUGCAUGCGGUUAGGCCAAUGCCAGCUGCUCUUGUAGCACAACCUUCAUCUGUUGGUAGAACUGAUGCUAAAAAUUCCAGGUUGGAUCGUGGUAUUCCAAUGAAUGUUGCCUCAGUGUGGCAGCAGCCACCUCGAUCCAAUCAAGUUUUGCCUUUUGGCUAUCCCGCAUUAUCAAGCAAAUUCAGAGACUCCCAUGCAGGUCCAUCAGUUAUAUUACAAGGUGCUGCUGCUGAUGAAGGAUCUAGGACUGGCAUAAAAGGGCCUGGAAUUUUGAGUUCUAUCAAUGCAAGUGGUGGAAUAUCAGAGAAGAAUUUUUCUGGACCAAAAGCUAGCUGUGACAAGCAGAAACCUGGGAUUCACCUUUCUGAACUAGAAACUUCCACAACUCCGAGCUUAAAAGGAAUUGCUUCUUCUGGGUGCCAAAUGACUAUAUUUUAUGGUGGUCAAGCACAUGUAUUUGACAAUGUCCAGCCCAACAAGGCCGAUAUUAUAAUGUCUCUUGCGGGGUCAAACGGGGGAUCAUGGUCUACAACCUAUGUGCCGAAGCCCACUACAAAGAAAUUCACUGGAGAAAGUUGCACACCAAGUGAGAAGAACAGAAGAAGCUUGGGAGAUAGCUCAGCUUUACGGGCAGAAGUGCUGGAGAAAAUGUCAGCAAGAGUGAACUCCACACAUGAGUUGAGCUCAGGUUAGUUUGCCAAUUCAUUGAGGCUGAGCUUAAUGUGACUCGGGAAACUUAGAAUUGUUACCAUCUAUCUAUUUUUUCAGUCCUCGUUAGGGGGUUAGAAGUUUAUAUCCUGGUAUAAAAUGAAAUGGUUUAUGCUUUCAAACUAUGCUUAGUUGCAUUUGCUACGUCUUUUAGGUACUCAGGAGGAAAAACUACGGAAUGAAUAUAGGGCUACUAUUAACAUUGACGAUAAACGUGAGGUAUGAUAUCAAUGAAUUCCCGUGCCUGUGUUUCCUGCGUUAAGGAUCUUCCCAUUCCUAUCCUUUACCCCAAUCCGCGGCUCCCACUUCUGCUUCCAUCUACCAACACUUCUGUUCGGGUCUCUCAUUGAAUUUUGCUCAAUACUAAGCACGGAAUCUAAUGACAUCCACCGGCCCUCUUGAAGUUCGUUAAUUGCUCUCUCGAUUCGACUUAAUCCUCUCCGAUUUUGUAAGAUUAAGAUUCAGAUUAUCUCAGGUUUUUAUAUAGCUUCCGAGACUAGUGAUUCUGCUCUAUAAGUAGACUGAGAUCCAUCUCCGGAAAGGUAAUCACUGUCAAGCAUUAUUCCCCUAAAAAAAGAAAAAGAGAGAAGAUAAACCCUUAUCGGGGCAUUUGAUUUGAUGCUGCUGCACAAUAGCUUGUCAAAUGGUGAUGAUAGUGGUACUUGUCUUCUUCAUUGUUUGUACUAAUCCUUUUAUCCACACCUGUCUUAUGAGUUUUGACAAUGAAGAUCUCUUUCUUGGUACAUUUCACACUGGUGGGUCGCCCCCACCAAAGAAUGUGACAUAUUAAUGUAAAAGAUCUUUUAUGUCAACUAGUAUCAAAAUCGUGCAAUAAGAUGACUUCAGAAAAGCAACUAGUGCAAAAAAUAAAAAGAGAUGAACUUUUCAGUUAUUCAUG